AUGCUCACCCCAAAAUUCAAACUAACUCAAGACGAGGAAUACAUCUAUGUUGACAUAAGUAUUUCAAGCAUACGCUUUAACGCAAGUGGCCUGGAGCUGGUUGUAGACGAUACGCUAUUUGUCUUCCAUCUUUCUCCGUACUACUUGAGACUACGCUUCCCACAUGCGUUGGUUGACGACGAGCGCUGCAAAGCUGAAUACAAGGCGGCGGAUGAGUCUAUAUUUAUCAAGAUCCCUAAGCUUAACAAGGGUGAGGUAUUUGAAGACCUUGACCUGCCGACCAAGCUGUUGGCGCGACAUGGCGAAGUGCUCGCAGCGGACGCCGUGGCGCAGGCUCAGGACAGCGGCCCCCGCGGCCCGCUAAUACAAGAGAUUUCGAGCACUGAAACGCAACCAGAUAAAUCAACCGAGGAUACUCUGGCCUCAGGAGAGGAGUUCAACUGGGAGAUCAAGCAGGUGCCACAUGUGGAGGGCGUCAGUGCCCUGCAGACGCGGUACGGGUUUGACAACCAAUAUGACAGUGUGAUUGGCGUGUCUAUUUCCAACGGCAAUGAUAUAAACGAGCUGGACGAUCCCGAACACACCGGGCCUAACGAACGCGUGCUUGAGCGCAUCAGAAAGGAGAAUCUUAAAUUUGAUCCGGAAUACUAUAUAUCGGAGUACAUGACUUGCAAAUAUGGCUCAGGGGAGGAUCUUGAUAUCAAUGGCAUUAAAUCAUUGCUGCAGUAUGUCCCGCCAUUCCCGAAGAUGUACCUGAAGUGGUACAAGCACGCGGAGGACAAGAGUGCCUCAUUCCCGGUGGAGUUUAGCCCAAAGGAGGACGAGCUGAUGCGCAACGAACUGCCCAAAAAGUCAUAUCUCAUUCAAGACACAACCCAGCUUUAUGUGGCCAUUCUCUCGCUGCUGUUUGCACACACCUUCGAGCAGGUGGAAAACGAGGGUAUCCAUAACACCGAAUCUGCUUGGACAAUUGGAAAACUGACUCCCCAGAUUGCUUGCCUAGAUCUUCAGCUCUUGCCCGGCGAGGUAAUACAGGAGUUUCCAGUUGUCCGUGCAGCUGUAGUGGCAGGAACCCGCCGCGCGCUAGCAUAUCCCCUUCACCGCAAUUUCGACCUUGUCUGUAAGUGUUGGAAUUACGUCUACUACUUGCUCCGUGCUGGUAAAAGGCUCAUACUGCGCGCAUUACUGGAUAUCUACGAGCUCUACCGCCUCCACGAAGUGUAUUACGUCUACAACAAAGUAUUUCUAGGGGAUCUCUGCUCGUGGUUUGUAUCUAACGGUAACGAGAAUGUCACAAGAUCCCUAGCCUUCGAACUCAAAAAGGAACUCGGCACUUUAACAAAAACGGCAAUCGACUUUGACUGCCUCACUGGGUGUGAUGAAAGCGGUGAGCUGACUUCAGAGAACCUGACUCUCGCGGAGAUGGAACUCUUAGCGGAAGCGGAGUAUCAGCAGACGUGA